GUCACGUAGCUCUGCGGCACCGGCAGCCUCUUUUGCAGCCGAAGCCGCGACGUCCGCACAACCAGUCGCGCCAGCCACGACGCCAGUCGCGCCGGAGGACGGAGGCAGGCCGGUAAGCCAGCCCGGACCGGGGCCUGGGGAGGAAAAAGCAGCCGAGAUGACGCGCCAGUAUCCGGCCCUCACCCCGCUGCAGAAGAAGGAGCUCGCAGACAUUGCCCAGCAGAUCGUGGCCCCGGGCAAGGGCAUCCUGGCAGCCGAUGAAUCCGUGGGCAGCAUGGCCAAGCGGCUCAACCAGAUCGGGGUCGAGAACGCAGAAGAGAACCGGCGCCUCUACCGGCAGAUCCUCUUCAGCGCUGACAGCCGGGUGGAGAAGUGCAUUGGGGGCGUCAUCUUCUUCCACGAGACCAUGUACCAGAAGGCGGACGACGGGACGCCCUUCGUCGAGAUGGUCAAGGAGAAGGGCAUCGUUGUGGGCAUCAAGGUGGACAAGGGUGUUGUGCCGCUGGCCGGGACAGAUGGAGAGACCACCACCCAAGGCCUCGACGGGCUGUCAGAGCGCUGUGCCCAGUACAAGAAGGACGGGGCGGAUUUUGCCAAGUGGCGCUGUGUGCUGAAGAUCAGUGAGGACACCCCCUCCUCCCUGGCCAUCCUGGAGAAUGCCAACGUCCUGGCGCGCUACGCCAGCAUCUGCCAGCAGAAUGGCAUCGUGCCCAUUGUGGAACCAGAGAUCUUGCCUGACGGGGACCACGAUUUGAAGCGCUGCCAGUAUGUGACUGAGAAGGUCCUGGCUGCUGUGUACAAGGCACUGAGCGACCACCACAUCUAUCUGGAAGGGACUCUGCUGAAGCCCAACAUGGUGACCCCUGGCCAUGCUUGCCCGACCAAGUACAGCCCUGAAGAGAUUGCCAUGGCCACCGUGACUGCUCUGCGCCGCACGGUGCCACCUGCUGUUCCAGGCGUCACUUUCCUGUCUGGCGGGCAGAGCGAGGAGGAGGCCUCCAUCAACCUCAACGCCAUCAACAACUGCCCGUUGCCCCAGCCGUGGGCUCUGACCUUCUCCUAUGGCCGGGCCCUGCAGGCCUCGGCCCUCAACGCCUGGCGGGGCUGGCGGGAGAACGAGGAUGCGGCCACGGAGGAGUUUGUGCAGCGUGCCGAGGUCAAUGGCCUGGCAGCCCUCGGCAAGUACAAAGGUUCCGGCAACAGUUCUGGUGCAGCUGGGCGGUCUCUGUAUGUCGCCAACCAUGCCUACUGAGCCCUCCCUGGGCUUGGACCACCCCCACCUGGGCCGGCUUUUAGCCCCCCUGCACUGACAGAAACCUCCCACUCUGCCACCUUCCAUACCAGCCAUGCCAACUGUACCCAGCUUUUCCUACCGUAGCUGUGACAGGAGCUAAGUAGCCGUGAUGGAGUGCCCGGCCCCAGAGGCGACGCAUGAGGAGGAAAAAGAGGAGAUCGUUCUUGCACAAUCCUGCAUCUGCGAGGAGUCAUCAUAACACAGGCCCACCUUGCAGGGUUGUUCUGAGGAAUCCUAAGCACAUUCAAAAAAACAAGGAAGAUUCCAAAUAGGAUACUUCAGUCUGGGGGGGGGAAGAGAGGGUGUGCGUGGGGGGCAGCCACAGAAUGCAGAAGAGGGCUGUGGGGUGAAUCCAUUGCGUGGGACGGAGAAGGGGAGGGGUCUCCUGUAGGAUGUAAAGUUUUGAGGCUGGCAGGAAGUUCCUUGCGAGGGAGAGAACCUUUUGUCAUCUCGCCAGCAUGCCGCUGCCUGCCCCUGUCUGUCUGCCUGCCCGCCCACCUUUUGCAUAUUUGGGGUCCCCUUGCCUCUCACCGCACCCCCUCCAAUCCACGUGCGGCUCCUGCACUUUGAGGUGAUGUCUUGCUUUCCAAUGCUGCUCUUGUGGUUGUCCUGCCCCAUAGAGUAGCCACCGCAGUGUCGGCAUGGGAGGGCCAAUUUGCCGAUGGGCAGGGAGGCCGUUACCGCACUGUGUGUGUCUGUGCUUGUGCACAUGCGUGUGUGUGUUUGAGCGUGUGCCACAUGCACCCAAGCAGUCCUUGCAACUAAUAAACUGAUAGAGGAGUAAAGUGA